GGUCAAAAUUCCCUCUCAAACAACUCAGCACCUACGUCGCGAUCAUUGUGAUUUUUAUUCACAAUAAUGUGCUUGACAAGGAUUUGCAGUGCUCGUGCAAAAAACCAACUCGUGACUGCGUUUUUUACAUGACUCUGCCGUUUUUUAUUGUAUUUGUUUUACAACUCUGGACGGACAGGACAUUUCAGAGAACCUGGACGUAUACGUGCAAGUUUUUCUGGGUUUUAUUGUAUCACAUUAUCAAGGCGGCUUUCAUCGGUCUGCUGUGGGUUGUAUCUGUGUUAAUCGAUGGGCACUGGUAUGUUUGCUGUCAAAAUGAUCAGUCUAACGAACAGAAAUAUUUAGCCUGCAAAGCCAAGAAUGAAAUCACAGCUGUGGAACAACAAAUCAUCACUGAACUGAAGAACGAGUCCUGGAUUAUUGGCAUCUCUCUUCUCUUUGGUACCCUUUGUGCGGCUGCCUUAAUGUCAUCGUUUGGAAAGCAUUGUUUUAAGAAUUCAGCGUGCUGCAACAGAAAAAAUCUAUAUCUCAAAGUGAUUUUGGACGAGGAGAAAAAUGUGCUGAAAGAGGUUUUGACAAAAGCAGCGAAAGACGAUUUGACUAAAAAAGUCGAGAACGAAAUACGAAGCGAACAGUGGGAAGGCUGUUUUGAUGUUGCUAAAAAUCUGAUUAAAGAAGAUUCCACUCGGCCGACACUCAGAGCAGCAGAAAACCAGGAGCAACAACAGCAACAACGGACAGAACAACAGCAGCAACCCAGAAGAACUGAUCCCACUCAACCAAGACGUCCUGAAGCAGUAGGAGGGAACCAGGAUAUUCCCCUUUUGCCGGUGACUCCAGCUUCUUUAGACGAGCAGUAAAAAUGGUCUAUGAUGGUUUAAUUUGCACCACAUGCUUUAAUCUGAACCUGUAAUGUUAUUAAUAUAUAUAUUAAUAUAUCAUUUACGUACUUUUAUUUGUACUGACAGUUUAAAAGAAAUGUUUUGAUUUAUAUUUUCUGUUUUAGACUCUGCAAAGCUUAAUCAGGUGUUAUGAUACUGUUUUUAGUUUAAUCUAAUUAAGGGGGGUGAUGGAACAGUGGAUAAGACGCCUGCCUUUGGUGUGAGAGACCUGGGUUCGUUGCUCCAGAGGCGUGCGACCUCUGACAUGUAUAGCAAUUGUAAGUCGCUUUGGAUAAAUAAAUGUAAUGUAAUUAUAAUGCAAAUGUGAUUCAAAGGAUAAUGUCAACAUUAAAACUCUACAGGAGGUUCAGAACAUUUAGACAUUAAAUAAACUGUGUGCUUCAGAACAAUGCAGAUUAAAGAAUGUGACACAUUUUCCUCA